AUGAACACCCUUCAGGAGUCAUUUCGCGUCGCCACUUCCAAACCCGUUCGGCGAGCCCUCGUCAACACCGCCAUCCUCAUCUCUGGAGCGACGACCCUCCUCGGCCUCGCUGCGAUCGCAACCGCUCUCUUCUUCCAAAACUACGUACCGCAUCGAUUUCUCACAACUCCUGUUCAUCUUCAGUAUGGAUCGGGCCUCAACCCCUAUGGCCUCGUGUCUCUCACGUCUCCCGUUCUGAAGUCAGCGCAAGACUACGAUGUCUCCGUCACUCUCACGUUGCCUCGGUCGCCUCCGAAUCUCGAACGAGGGAACUUCAUGGUCAGCCUUCACCUGCUUCGCUCCGACAUCAGCUCGAAUCUGAACGACCCUACCCGACUCCUCGAAGAUAGUCGCAAUAAUGUCCAAGGCCAGAAAAUCGUCUUUAGCACUCGCCGAACCGCCCUGAUGCCCUACGUCGAUCCUUUUGUAUCGUUGACGUCGCGUGCCUUAUUCGUCCUAUAUCACAUGUUUGUGCCCAGCUCCCUGUUCUGCACGAUGGACAUCCCGCUAGCCGAGCACGUUUCUUUCCCAAGCGAUGGGGAUCUACCGGCUUCGGCGUAUAUCGAAAUCGAGGCUGGCCAGUCUCUUCAAACUUACACGGCGGCGCUCAACUUCACUGCCCAGCUUCGAGGGCUCAGAGGGCUGAUGUAUAAUUAUCGGAUCCCCAUGUAUAUCAUAUUCACCUCAUUAUUUUGGCUUUGCGAGAUUUUAUUCAUGGCUGGGACUUGGGGUCUGUGGGGGCUUGUAAUGAGCUCGUCUCCUGAACCGUCAGGACCUUACCUAGAAGGCGAAAAGGUCCACGGGACUGUCAAGAGAGAGGAAGAGCAAGAGUCUGAUUUUGAGCGCAAGUGGAGCUCUGUGAAGCCGUCCAGAGCUUCAAUUGCUGUGAAAACCGAGCCCGUGGUGAAAGAUGAGGACGAUGAGUCGUCAAAGCUGCUCUCAGAGAUUCCUGUGGCAGGAGCUGAGGCAGACGAUGAAGAUGAAGAUGGGACGGAAAAAGGAUCGCCGAUUGAUUCUGGGAUUGGAACAGGUAGCUAUAGUGGGGAAGGUAGCAGCGUGAGAAGACGAGCAAGCCGCAACAUGGAACCGGAGCCCAGGAAAUAA